CAAUAGCAGCAACAAAUAAUGGAUAAUAGCUCAAUUAAAUUAAACGUUUAUCUUGAAGUUUCAAGGCAAACUACAACUCGUGAUUAUUCCUUUUGUUCUCUUUGAUCGAAUGAAAAUUUUUUUAUACUCCUUUUAAAUUCAAAAUUUGAAGUCCAUACGGACCUUAUUUGGCCUGUUAAAUGGUAAUGCUAAGUUACCUAAUUAAUUAAUUAUUGACAAUUAAGAUGGUAAUGGUUCUUGAGUGUUGCGCCCCAAGGGUAACCAGAAGUGGGUGGCAUUAGGCAAGUUGCACCAUCAUAAUAAAAACAAUAAUCAGCCAAUCACAUGCGAAACUCGAUGUAAUAAAAAGAUUAUCCAUACUGUAAUUACCGCUGCCCUACUUUCACUGACCACUCUACUUUGAGCAUGAAUUACCUAUAGCCAAAAUUGGACUAUUGCAAAACGUUUAAUGACACGUGCAUUUUUAAUGAAGUUAAACAUUAGAUAACAUAUUUAUGAAUUAAGGCCAUAUUUACCAAUGCAAAAACACAAAAUGCAUCAAAACAACACAAACCCUAUAAUAUUAUAACUCAAAAUUAGUCACAAUAAGUGCACUAUGCUGUGGUUUGGUUUCACAGGGAACAUAAACAUCAUAUUACUUACUGAUUUAAUUUUCAGGAAUGUCACUUAAAGUAUAUUUCAUAUGACUUUUCGAAAUAAACGAACAAUAUAUAAUUAUUUAAAUCAAUUUAAUCAAACUAUAAUAAAGUUAUUUAAGACUAUAAACCUAUUUCUUUCUCUCCAUAAACACGGCAUGAAAUAUUUUUAGCAGCAUGCAAUUUUUACAUCUUCUUAAAAAAGUAGAAUAAAAUAGUUUUUCAACAAUUAUAUUAUUGUUAAAAAAUGCCGAAGAUUGAAACAGUUUUUGUUCAAAAUAAGCCGAUAAUUUAAGUGCCUAUAAAUUUGCCACGUCUGAUGCAGAACGGUCAUUUCCAAAUAAUCUUUAUAAAUAUUUCAAGUAAUAGUGGAUUAGGUUUUUUAGAAACAAUAAAAAUUGAAUUUCAUAAAAAAAAAUCAAAUUUCAGGAGAAAAACGCCAUCACUAUUACUUCAAAUAAAAAUAUUCUACUAAAAUAUUAAUAGUAUUUGAUGAUCUACUUGAUGCUUAUUUUAUUCGUUUUAAUAAAAAUACGUAAUUUUUUUUUUUUUGUUUAUUAGAGAUUCUUUUAUUUUUUGGUAAACACAAAAAGUAAAUAACAAGUAUUCUCUAUUUUUAAUAAAUUCAUAACUGAAAGAUAGUCAACAUGAAAAAUACUCAUUUUGUAAAUAAACAGUUGUUUUCGACUUUUCUCAAUUUCCAUGCAGUAAUUUUGUACUUAACGAAGGAAAGACAUCACAUUGAACAAGAAGUUCGUAAUAUUAUCGUGAGAAUGAGAGGUGAAGGACACCGGCAAGCGGAUAUCGCAGAUACAGUUGGCGUCUCUCACAGUUUGGUCUUCUGAGCUUUAACCAGAUUCAGAAAAACCAGAAGUACCACUAGGAGACCUGAUAGUGGUUCUCAGCACAUGACGGCACGCAGGGGGGCCCAUAAAGGAUGCGCCAUCACAAUUUUUGAGGAGGGUACAUUUUUACUGGAUUUUGAGUUUUUGAGGGGUGCACAUUUCGACAGAUAUAUGAUUUUUCUGAAUAAAAUAUUUUCAAUCAAGUGAACAAGGGGAAAAACUUGGACCACACCACUGCAAGUGUAAUUGUACAUGACCUACGAUUUUUCUAAUUCUACUUUCGCUUGUACUGUUUUUAUUAAGAAGGGAGCAAAAACACUUCUUGGUAGGGAGAGGGAAGUCCACGCGCCAUCGACCUUGGGAAGGAUGGGCAUCCCUGACGACACCAAGGGUGAGAGAAAUAUUGGUAUUGCUGCAAGAAGCAACCCCUAGAGCCCGACAGAGCCAAAAUGAAUUGUGGACGAACGGCUAAUGUGUGUGCACUGCCGUUGCCCGGCAACCUGAUAUAUGAGACAACUGAUAUAAAAUAGUCACGAAUUCGCGUCCCGGUUUCGGUCGGGGGAGUCUUUUGUAUCCCCGCAUCCCAUGGCCCGAGAAAACCCCGUGAAGGUGAGAAAGGGAAGGAUCCAAAAAAAAAAAAAAGCUCUGAAUACUGUUAUGGAGUCGCGCAUCUGUAAUUACAGCGAUCAUAGACGCCGAAAAGUCAACCGAGAACAGGGGAUGGGUACACUGCCACAGUUUGUGCUUCCUUCACUGUAGUCUAGAGGUGCAAUCUGCUCAGGAGGACGGAAGGUGCAAUCUCUAUAGAGGAAAAGUUGUUCAUCAAUGUCUCGAAAUUCUAGUCAUUUCACACCUUUCCCUUCCUGCAUAGUCUCCAGAUCUCAAUCCCUCUGAGCACAUUUGGAAUGCACUGCAGGAAGGGCUUUUUGACCACCGUCUGCAGCUCGUUAAUCUUAAACAACUGCCAGUAGUAUUUCCAUGUUUAUGGUAUGAAAUUCCUUGUGAAAUCAGGGACAAAAUUAUAAACAGCAUGCCCAAUAAGUGCAGAGAGGUAGUGCUCAACAGAGGAUCCUACACAAAUGAUUACAUAUUACAAAAUGUUAACAAUUCGCAAUCAUAAAAAUAAGAUCACAUAAACAUUUAAUUUUACUAUUUUUUUAAAAACACCUUUUACAAAAUAUCCUGAGGCGAAAUACAAUCUUCUUUAUAUUAAUUUCAAUUUAUUUUCCGAUAAAAAUAAAAUAGUAGGAAAAAUAAAUCAUACAUAAUCAACAAUAUCCCUAUUCAUUUUUGGGCAGUAUAGAAUUAUAAAUAAAUAUAUUCUUCAUAAAUCAGCAACCUCAUAUUAAUCAACCAGAUAACACACUUACUUAUUGCUACAUUAAUAUUAAUAAAUCUCAAUAAAUAAAUGUAUAUUAUAUAUAGAUAAAUGAAAGUAGUAUAAAAUUAAAUACAUUGGAGUCAAAAGAAAAACAAAACAAAAAACUAACAAGAUACUUAUGAGAUUGAGUCCAUUCUACAAGACUAUUAAAAUUUUAAAAUUGUUUUCUUAAUAGAGAAAUUGUAAUUGUAAUUAAUUGUUUCUGUUCUGUUAGAAAUUUAAUCAUUCGUUGUAUCGCUAUAAUAAAAUGAACCAAAUACCACAUUUAAAGGAUAUAAUGUAAUCCCUAACUAGCCUAAUAAUUAGAUUAGCCUAAUAAUUUGUCCUGGACUGUCUAAAGCCUAUCCUAGAAAGUAGUGAAGUGAUAUCAAUUCACCAGUUUGGCUUUCGUUGUUAUCAUUCCACUGUACAACAGUGCCAUCGGAUAAAAGUCACUGUCUCUGUUGCUUUUGAGAAAAAGGACUAUUGCUCUGCUGUCUUCCUUGAUAUAGAGAAUGCAUUUGAUAGUGUCUGGCACAAACGCCUAUUAUGGAAAUUAAAACCACGCUUACCUUCUACUUAUUUUCUAAUUCUUCAAUCCUUCUUUCUUAACAGGUUUUUCUGUGUUUCCGUAGAUUCUUCUGACUCAUCUUUCUUCCCGAAAAAAUCCUACUAUCACAUCAAUUGCCCUACAAAACCACCUCUAUGAUCUUCAAAACUGGAAAAUUAAAAUUAACAGUAGCAAAUCUACUCAUCUGACUUUCUCUCUUAGGAAAGCCUCAUAUCCACCCAUAACGAUUGACAAUAACCCAGUGCCUUCAAAAAGCUAUGUGCAGUACCUCAGACUCUACUAAGACAAAAGACUUUAUUAUAUACAAUAAAUUAAAAAGACAAGAACUGACUAGUCGAUAUAAACAACUCUCACAUUUUCUGGACUACAGAUCCUCACUUAACUUAUGAAACAAGGGACUGAUCUACAACACCAUACUGAGACAUACAGAACAUAACUUUGGGGUUCGGCAAAACAAACAGAUAAAUAAAAUACAAACAACACAAUGAAAAAUUCUACAAAAAAUUGUCAACUCACUUUAGUACAUUUCAAAUAACACUACACAUAAAGACUUAAACAUCCCAACAGUAAAAUCCUACAUACAUGAAAAAUACAAUUCAUUUCAUAUUUCAACUCUAAAUCACAUCAAUCCAUUAGUCCUUUCUAUUUCCUGUUCCCUGUUACCUGAUCGACACAGACUGAAAAGAAAAUGGCCAAGGGAGCUAAUCUUACAUCAAUAACAAGAAAAAACUAAUCAAGCAGACUCACAGGAAUGACUGUGACUUCUGAUGUGAUAGGGGCUACCAUUAUGGCAGCUGCAGCUGCAACCCCAGAACUUGCCAUAAGUCUCGUCAGCACAUUUUGGAUAGAGGGUGAGGUGGGAGCUGAAGCCAUAGUGGGAUCUGCGACAUUUAACUGUCUCAUCAUUCCUGGUGUAUGUGCUUUCCUAACAAAAUCUCAUAAUGAAAAACCAAUAGAUAUUUGGCCAUUGACAAGAGAUGCAUUAAUGUUUUGCAUUUCUCUUGCAUGCCUAAUAUUUUGUGUCCAUGGGGAAUAUGUCCAUUGGUAUAAGCCUUUCAUCAUGGUUAUUGUAUACUUCGCCUAUGUUAUAGGAUUGCUUUUGGAAAAAUAUUUGCGAAGAAAAACCAUGAUGUUAUAUUAUUGGAUAAAUGAAGAAGAAGAAAAAAAUUCUCCACAUAUAUCACUCUCUCGGCUACCUGGCAAGUCCUCAAUAGAAAAAGAAACAUUGCUAACGCAAUUAUGUUCUUUGUUAUUUUGGCCGGUAACAAUUAUAUUAUACAUCACCAUUCCAAGGAAGUAUCCAUCAUUGGCAAUAUUUAUGUCAUUAACUUGGAUAGCAGUUGUUAGUUACAUCGCAACUUGGAUGAUUAUAUAUAUAGGUUACAACUUAAAUAUACCAGACUCCUUAAUGGCUCUCACAGUUCUUGGAUUUGGUUUAGGGAUUCCUGAAUUGUUAUCCAGUAUAUGCGCAGCAAAAACAGGGAAGUACACUAUGGCCCUUUGCAAUGCAUUUGGCGCAAAUACCUUUAACAUCCUUCUCUGCCUUGGACUGCCAUGGAGCAUCAAGCUCUUGAUCUCAAAUAACCAAAGUAUCUGGGUAAAUACCGAGGGUUUGGCGUACAACUGUGCACUUAUUUUAGUCAUUGUCACGGUGAUCUACGCUUCAUUGGCCCUCAACGAAUUCGUUCUUGAUAAAAAGAUUGGAUGUUUUUUUCUGGUCCUUUAUUCUAUUUUUGUUGUACUGUCAACUUUAAUAGAAAUGAACGUCUUUUACCCAGUAAAUCUACCAUUAUGUAAUAUUAAAGAUUAUUAUUAUGACUGACAUAAAAAAUUAGAAGUUUAUCAAUACCUAAAACCACCUUUGUAGAAGUUCAAUAUGGUAACAACUUAAUACUUAAGCAAUAUUUUUGUUUUAAGAAAUUAUUUAUAAGGGUUAUAUAUCAUAAUAUAUUCAUUAUGAGACAAACCUGUUAACAACCACUACUCUGCAAAACUGCCUUGAGAUAAUGCUGACUGAGUUAUGAAGAUGAAAAAAAAAAAAAAAUGAGAAGAAAGUUUAUUUGAAGUUGACCAAAACUCAU